CCUUUAGUAUUUAGACAGCUUUAAAACCAAACGUUGAAAAAUGAUAGGCUCUUACCAUCUUCAAAAAAUCGGCGGUCCUCCCCUUUCUUCGUAUUAAAUCAAGGCAGCACACGCGCCGGAACCUGCAAAUGUCGACGGCAGUCGCAUCAGCAAUAGUUGUCAACCACAGAAUUUUAAAUCUCAAUCAGAGGAAGUCAACUGUACUACCCGCAUCGUCAUCCUCAUUCAUCAGCAUCGAUUGUCCUCCGUACAGGUACAGAUACGACGGGCCUCACAAGAGGAAUUCUCAUUGUUACCUCACUGGCUUCAAAUUCAGACGCCCAUUCUCUCCUGUAAUGGAAUGGCAAGAUUGCACGGUAAAGAUGGAAAUGAAUGUGCCCACUGCUGUUGCUUAUAAAUGUUACUCUGAUCGUGAAGCCAUUCCUCAAUGGAUGCCCUUCAUUUCAUCUGUAAAGAUUCUGGAGGAUAAGCCUGAUCUAUCACGAUGGUCACUAAAGUAUAAAGCAUUUGGGCGUGAUAUUGAAUUCUCUUGGCUUGCUAGAAACAUGCAGCCAAUACCGAACCAGAAAAUUCACUGGAGAUCUCUGGAAGGUCUUCCUAACAGGUAAUGGAAACUGAGCUAAGGGUGAGCAGCAAACUUAUUUAUGCUCGACCUUUUUCUCUUUAUUUUUUUUCUUAUUUUUCCAAUGAAUAUUUUAUUUGGUUAUUUACAUCUCAGUUUUUCGAGUGGUUUUAUGCAUAAUUGUCACGGGAUUAUAUUUUACGGAGUAAUAAAAUCAUUGUUUGCGUGAGGAUGAUGAUCAAUGCCAGAAAGCUAAAUGUCUUUAUUUGAAUAUCAUCCCAAAGGUUUAUAAUCAUUUUCUCCCUUCUGCAAAUAGAAACUCCAAAUUAAGUUUGGGAAUUUGGUUUUUGAUCUAGAUGUUCUCCCUAUAAAAAUGUGUUGUAAUUAGAGCAUAUAGAGAUUCUUGAUGAAUUAAAGUUCCCCAUUCUCACGUUAUUCGAACGAAGUAUAGAAAGAAGAAAUUUAAAGAUUUUUUUGACAACGAUCCAGUUGAAUCCCAUCUCCUAACUCUACUUGCCAAAAAUGUACUCUCUACUGCUUCUAUCCUCAAGUCAUCCAAACUGAAUACAGUGGUGUUCUUGAAUGUGCCAUUUCCUUACUAAUGAUUAUUUGUUAUGCUGCAUAAUAUUUUAUGAAUCUUUUGAUUACUCGUGUCAUACACUAAUACGUAUAUAGAAAGCCUCCUAGAAGUAUAAAUAAAGAAUGUUACAACCUUGCAUGUAUAGCUUUCCUCUUCAGUCUUUCUAAUGUUAAUUUACUUCUAUGUUCAAAAAUGGUUGUGGUAUAUCUGUUAUCCUCCUCCAACUUCGAAUAGGUUUAAUUGAAUUGGAGAAGGAAACGGUCUUCUU